UCCUCCCUGUUAAAAAAAAUCAAGAUGUGAUAAGUUUUAAGAAUAGGACCCUGACAGCUUCCGAACAGAUUUCCGUGGUGGACUUAACUUCUCCACAGAGGUGAGCAUGGAUGAAGACGGUGGUCUGUCAGUAGGCUGUGGCAAUGGCAAGCUGAGGCAGUGGCUGAUUGAUCAGAUCGACAGCGGGCGAUAUCCUGGUCUGGUUUGGGAAAACGAUGAGAAGAGCAUCUUUAGGAUUCCGUGGAAACAUGCAGGGAAGCAAGACUACAACAGGGAAGAGGAUGCUGCUCUCUUCAAGGCAUGGGCGAUGUUUAAGGGAAAAUUCAAAGAAGGUGUCGAUAAGCCAGACCCCCCCACGUGGAAAACCAGACUACGCUGUGCUCUCAAUAAAAGCAACGACUUUGAUGAAAUAGUGGAGCGAAGCCAACUGGACAUCUCAGAACCGUACAAAGUUUACAGAAUCAUCCAAGAGGGAACCAAAAAAGGAAUGAAAAUAAGUCGUAUGGAUGAGAUGCAACCCCAUGGCCUUGGAUAUAUUCCUUCAUACACAUCACUGCACAACCAGGUUCCAGGCUUUGUUGUCUCUCAGGAGAGGAGGGACUGGAGGGAUUAUCACACACCACCAGAGCAACAAUCUCUUUCUAAUGCUUAUCAUGGCCAGCUUGCCGACCUGCAGUACGGCCAGUGCCACUACCAGUCGUCCAUCAGCCGGGUUUGGCCCGGCUCUCACACAGAAAACGGCUUCCAGCUCUCAUUCCACACCUACCUUUCUGACUCUCAACCAUCCACGUAUGCAGUGGAUCACAAUAAUGCCAUAACAGAUUUCAGCCUGCAUGUGUCCCUAUACUACAGAGACUCUCUGGUGAAAGAAGUUACCAUCACCAGCCCAGAAGGUUGCCAAAUCACCUCUUCUUCUGCUUCUUCUCCAUCCUCCUCAUCCUCUUCUUCUCCAUGUCAAGAUGACAAGAUUCACAGUGGUGCAGAAGUUGUCCUUUUUCCAUCCCCUUACCCCGAGUCUCAAAGACAAGGUGCUGACAUGCUUCCUAACAUACUGGAGAAAGGCGUGCUCGUCUGGAUGACGGCUGAUGGCCUGUAUGCUAAGCGCCUGUGCCAGAGUCGAGUGUACUGGGAAGGACCUCUGGCUCCAUUUAUGGAUAAACCCAACAAGCUGGAGAAGGAUCAAGCAUGCAAACUCUUCGACAUCCAUCAAUUUCUUGUUGACCUGCAAGAUUUUGCCCAUAAUGGUCGUCGUUCACCCCGAUACCAGGUGGUUUUAUGUUUUGGAGAUGAAUAUCCUGAUCCACAACGUCAGAGUAAGCUGAUCACAGCACAGGUGGAGCCUGUGUUUGCUAAGAAGCUGGUGUACUAUUACCAACAGAACACUGGUCACUACCUGCGGCCUUAUGAUCAUGUCCAGGAGCAAAACACCCCUCCACCAAUGGACUAUGCUUCUCAGAAACCUCUACAGCAUAUUCAGGAGUAAAAGCAAACACAAGCAGAAGAUUAUGACUGUGACUUCCAAGUUGUGACCUUCCACAAUGCCUUGUAACUUCAGGUUUGUAAAUUGCUGCACAGAGGGGUAGAAAUGGGGAAGACCCUGUCAGGUUCUCAGGCACACCUACAGGUAUGCAUUGUAGUUUUUGUUUCUGUGGCUGUGGAGUAAGAUGUUUUUUUGUUUUGUUUAGUUUUUCUUCUGCAAAUAUUAUUGUGACAGAGUGAAGGAUGCGGUUUGAGGUCAGGGGAGAUGAGGGGAGCGAAGGGCACACAGACAGGAAGUACUAAAACAGGUGCACAGGAAGAAUGGCCCCUGAGACAAACGCUGAUAUUACAAUGAGAAAAACCUGCAUGAAUGAAUGCUUUUUUUAUUUGCAGACACCAGAAUUAAAGCGUAACACUUGCACAGAGUUAAGUGGGACCUUGGACCAUCAGCAAUUUUCCAUUUUGAAACAGCUCAUUCUAUGGUUCACAUACUUUAUAAUCUACAAUACUUGACAUGCAAAACACACAUUGUAGUUUUCUACAAACUCAUCACAAUUCUGUCACUCUUUUAUGUGAAAUAUUAUAUAGUUCUCCUUCAAGUCUUGUAAUAAAUAUUCAUAAAAGACACUCUAAUUCAGAAGCUCAAUUUGUUUGAAACACGUGAUCAUGGUGCUGCUAAAUAUUUCUUUGCUCACAAACAGUUUGACAAUUUGUUAUCUGAGGGGUAAUCUGUGGUUCUAACGCUAGCCAAGAGGCACGUUAACUGGAAAUCUACACUCAUCCUGUAACUUACAGGGAAUUGAUACCUGUUCCUCUUCACCUGAAACUAGUGGCCUCACAAGUGGGAAGAAAAACUAUGGUCAGUGUGCAGAUUUACACUAAAAGGAGUCUCCAUGCAUGCAGCUGUUCUUGUUGAGGCUUAUAUUCUAUGUAAUGCCCUGCAAAAACUAGUCAGAGGUACACACACACACACACACACACACACACACACACACACACACACACACACACACACACACACACACACACACACACACACAG